AUGAAACUUUUGGUGAUUUUAGUAACUUGCUUCGUGUUUGUGAAGGCGCUGGUUCCACCACUUCCACCAGAAUGCAAGGGACCUUGGUGUCCAAUAAAAUGCCCACCGGGCACCUACAGGUAUGCCAUCGGCUGCGACUACCUCCUACCACAAGCAACCUGCAAAAAUCCAAAGCCGGUUAAAGAAACAAAGGGUAAAAUCUGCGACUACCAAGCUUGCUACUGCAAUCCACCGACCGUAAGGAAUGAAGAAACUAACCAAUGCGUGAAGCUACGCGACUGCCCGAAAAAACAUGUUACACCUGUGACUCCAAGAACGCCGGUGACGCCUAGAACGCCCGUGACCCCAAGAACGCCCGUGACCCCAAGAACGCCGGUGACCCCAAGAACGCCUGUAACACCAAGAACGCCUGUGACCGCUAGUUGUUAA